UUGUUUAGACGCCGUCAUCCAAUUAUUCGACCAUCCAUUGAAGAGCGGGCAGCAUUACGAGAGUAUCGUCAUUAGUGCGUUGGCCGUCAUGGGGGUUGAACCCGGACGGCGGAUGGAUACCGGUUGUGAAUUACACCCAAGUAUAUUCAGCCGUCAUCAAGGUGGCCCGGUAUUUAGUGUUAUACCAGUCCACAUUGGAGCGGCAGGAUCAGAUCGCCCAGUUGCAGCAGGUUGUAGGUAAACGGAGGGCAAAGGAGAAGGCCGACGGGUUGUUCCGCAUUAUCCGAGGCAAGAUGCGGCGGUUCAUGACGCGGAUAUCCGAUGACAAGGAAGCAGAGCCGACGCCGAUGAAUUGUAUCAUCGAUACACGUUCGUACGGGUUGAAGAUCCGAUUUACGACCCCGGGCGAGGAGACGAUCGAUUGGCGAGGCGACCAGAUUAUUCACAAACGCGUGCGAUUGGGGAUGGGCACGUUAUCCGAUAUGUUGCAUAACGUAUUGCAGGAGGCGCGGCGUACGUUGGCCGUGUUGACCAUGACAGACACCGCCGCGGCCGGGGACGGAGAGGCAGAGCCGGGGUUCCGGCCAGAGGUGAUACCGCGGAUCCCGUGGUCGCGGAUCGAGGAUCAGCACGGCGAGAGUACGUUGGAAUAUUCAUUUUUACGCCACGAAGCCAACCAGUGGUGGGUACAGCCGGGAGAGGGUUGGGUGGGCGAGCAGUUAUCCGCAUCCGCCGGAAGGCAAGACGAGUGGGUGCCAGAUUCGUUGGACGAGCAGUGCCCGUACCGAGGCAGAGCGUUGCGCAGGUACGGCCGAGCCGUCGAGCAGUUCCGGGAGCAGAUAUGGA